CGGCGAGGAAUUGGCACAGCGAGGAAUUCAGCAUCCACCAUCUCAUCGCAGCGAAAUAUCAUCCGCCACCCGCCCGACGCGCCGUCGUCGAAGAGUACCAGACUCAAACUGUCCAUGACCAAGACCUAGGCGGGCGCGGUCGGGCAAAGACCGACAGUCACACCGCGCCCCGGCGCCCCUGGCGCCCCGAUUCGCGAUGGACCUCUCCAUAUUCGAACAGCUGGGCGAGGAUGCAACAGCCAACUCGCGGUACGUCUGCCACACUGUCGACGACAUUCGCACCAACCUCGAGGCCAUUCUGCAGUCAAAGGCGACCGAUGCCAAGGCGGAACACACAACGAUAACCUUUAAGCUGCCCGCAUCAGCCACGCUGAGGGUAGUCGUGACCGACGCUGAGAAUGCCACCCUCGAAGCCGCCGCCGCGCUGGACCCGUCGCUGGGCGGCAUGCGCCUCCCCGGCGGCCCGGCACAGAUCCUAGCCCUGGGAAAUGGCUCCUAUCAGCGCCCUAUCCGCGCCCACGAUGCCAUCUCCAACCAGCCUCAGGACCACCCGUUCCUGCAGCGCGCCGCCGCCAAGAGCAUCACCGCUGCCUUGUCGCCUCCCAACGAGAUCGGAACCUCGUGGAUCCCCCGGAGCAUCACCCGGGUUCCGGCCGGCUGGACCUUUGAGUUCGUAUGCAAGGACUCUUUGCAAGAAUGGAAGCGCCAGUUUGCCAAGGGCGUUGCCCUGCCCGUUGUCGGUCUGUCCAGCGGCAAGGAUGGUCUGGACGCCGUCAACAUGAGCAGGCCCGCCUUUGACUGUCGUGGAACCGUGACCGUCCUCUUCAACAGACAGGCCAAACAGAUCGAGGUCAAGUACCACCACACUCCGCUGCACAAGACGGUGGCGGACCUGCUCGACUUUUUUACCCCGCCACCGGAACCGGUUACGCACAAGCGUCCACUGGAUGGAGAAGGGGAGGGAGCAGACGGAGCAUCGCCUCAGAAGAAGAAGAGAAGGAAAAGCCAGAAGACUGCGGAUCAGCAGGACGGCGGCGAAGGCGCAGAGGGCGGAGAGGACGGGUCUGUUAUAGACGGUACCCCGGCCAAGACGCCCAAGAGGAAGCGGCCGUCGAAGCCCAAAAAGCCAAAGACUCCAGCAGGGAGCCUCCCGGGUACCACCGGUGGUACUAACGCUGCCGCUACGAACCCAGACGGGAGUGCGGCCGCUGUCGCGUCUGGCGACGAUUUCCUCAACCUCCCACCAGGCGAGGCGGCUAGGCGCCGGGAAGUCGCCAACAAUCUGCUCUCUGGCAGUGGCAUCGACCCCGCAACUCUGUCGGAGGAGCAGUUUAAUAUCUUUUCAAACCAGUCGCCUGAUCUGCAGCAGGAGUCGCUGGCCAUGCUCGUCAAGUACGGCGCGGAACGCCUUAGGAUCGUCCAUCCGGCCAAUGCUUCUAGUGAUACACAAGCCAGCCAGCCCAGCGCUAGCAGUUUGGUGGAUGCUUCCCCUGCGCCCGAGGCUGCCGACUCGGCCAAAAAGACUGCCAGGCCUCGCAAGUCUGGGGCUGGGGCCGAGGCCGGGACUCCUUCAAAGGCCAAGCCACCAAAACUCACCAGAGGGAGGUGUGACGGCUGCAAGGAUAAGAAUAUCAAGUGCUCUAAGAUCAAGCCUGCCUGCAGUGAGUGCCAGGCCGAGGGCAUAGAGUGCGUCUACCAGCUUCAGCAGACAAAAGGUCCAAGGGGCCAAAAAUCGGACAAAUUUGUCCAAGAGUCUCCUGAAAUUGAGGAGGAAAUCCAAGUGCAACAAAAGCCGGACGAGCAAGUGGAGCAGGAAGAGCCAAGUCAGGAACAGCAGAUGCAAACUCAACAGCCUGAAGAGGAGGAGGAGGAAGAGGAGGAACCCGACGAUCUCCCAUCCCCUGGCUUUAGUCGGCCGGCAGGCGCUAAUAGCUGGAACCAAACUGCAACGCCUGACUUGUCAACGUACCAGCACCAAGUUGAGACAGUUCCGACGACGGCCGGACUUGCAUUUCCUCAGGACCUCGGAGGUUAUGUAGAUCACACGUCCAUCCACGUUGCGGAAUCUGUGCCUGCUGAGCCCGAGCCCGAGCCCGAGGUACACCACGUCCAACACGUCGAGCCCAUUCAGCAGUCCAUGGCCCGCGUUAGCCGCAGCAGUAGCGGUCGUCACAGCUUGCCGACAGGACAGCGCUCACAGACGGCAGUCGUGCCACCAGCAGCCGUGGAAACUACAGCAUCUUCGUCUGCCGGCUGGCAUCUUCCCGUUUCGUCAGCGGCAUCCAUGUCGUCGACGCUCAUAAGCGCUGAUUCCACAGCUGCUGCUGCCCUUGGCUACCACAUGCGCACAAGAUCCCGCACAUCGUUACCGUCUGCAGGUUACGCGUCUCAGGCCAUUACACAUCAUGGAUUGCCCGAUAUUCCAGCUUUGCCCCAGGCGGCACCUCAGCGUCAAAGCCAACCCUCGCCCGAAGUACCGACAUAUCAGCAGCCAGUGUCACAGCCCAUUGCGCAGCCGUCUAGGUCAGGGUCGAGGCAGAGUCAAAGGCCAUUAAGCCGCAACGCACACACAGUUCAGGCGCCGUCGCGAGACCGACAGCAACAAAACCAGCAGCACCAACAGCAAACCCAGGCGGCGACGAAAGACCGGCCGGCUUAUGGAUCAUCGACUGCUGAGGCGACCAAUGCUUCUGGGAGCGCGUCGGCACAGGAUCCCUAUGCUCAAUACUACAACACCCUGGGCACGGAUAAUACAGCGACGACCGCUGCCGAUCAAAGCAAUACCAACAUCGCAUACACGCCAUACUCCAACCAACCCGCCCCGACUGCAGCCUCCACCUACAACUACGACACGAGUGGCUACAACACUCGCUCUCACGCGUCGCAGUCAUACUCGAACCCAGUCAGCCAAGCAGCCGUUUCAGCAUCGUACACGACCGCCGGUGCUAAUAACACUAGCCAGUGGCCAAGCCAAACAGCCCAGACGCGUAGCUCUCAGGUGUACAACACGAACACGGCCACCAACGCCACGACGAACGCAUCAUCGAACAGCCGAAACGCCCAUCCCGGGACCUCAAAUUCGCCGGCUCUCCAGGGAUACAACGUGCGGCCGCAGUCAAAUUCUCCCCACACAAGAAGCGCAAGCCGAGCAUCAUACCAUCAGCAGCAGCAACAACACCACCAAGUGCCUCAGGCCCAACCACAAGCACACCCACAGCGCCAUCAGCGGCAACAGCAGCAACAACAGCAGCCGCCGCAAAAGCACCAGCAGCAGGGUUACGGGUCUUAUCUGCAACAGCCGCAACAAGAUGCUUCAUCCAACCAUCAGCAGCAGCAACCACAGCAGCGGCAGCAACAGCAACAGCAGCAACAGCAGCAGCAGAGCUGGUAUGGAUUCACCGCUGCUAACAGCAGUAACGGCUAUGGGGCGACGAACAAUCUGCAGCAGUCUUCGGCUAGUGGCGCUUAUGGGGCGACACAUGCUGGGGGCGGCUCGAGCUCGUAUGCCCAACAGCAACAGCAGCAGCAGCAGCAGCAGCAGCAGCACCGCUCGGUGAACCUGCAGGGAAGUACAUACGGCACUAUCGAGGCGAGCGAUGCCCUGUACAGCUUGCUGCAGAACAACCAGGGGCAUUAG